AUGUCUCAAUUCUUUCUCUCCCGCCGUGCACAAGAUGUCGUCGAUGCCGGAUCUGAGAACCCCAUGUGGGCUGUGAUGAAAGAUGCAUGGGACGCCUCAUCAAACCCCAAUGGAUACGUCAAUGUGGGCGUAGCAGAGAACACACUCAUGCACCCCGAGCUUUUAAAAUAUAUCAACAAGAAGCUCGAGCUACCCGCUAAGUACCUCACAUACAACGAUGGCGGAGGCGGCUCAUCCAGAUUGAAGGCCGCCAUCGCCGGUUUCUUGAACCACAACCUGAAACCAGUCACUCCUCUCGAGCCCAGCCAUAUCCUGGUGACCAACGGCGUGUCGCCUGCAAUCGAGCAUGUCGUAUGGUCAUUUGCCGAUCAGGGCGAGGGAAUCCUCCUAGGAAGACCGUACUACGGUACCUUCAUUCCCGAUAUCUCGCUCCGUUCAGGGAGUCGCGUUGUACCUGUCAGUUUCGGCGAACACGAUCCUCUCGGUCUGGAAGGCGUGGAUAAGUACGAAGAAGCAUUACUGGAGUACCAUCGAACAACAGGGAAGAAAGUCAAGGCUUUGAUGCUUGCUCACCCUCAUAAUCCGCUCGGACGAUGCUAUUCCAGAGAAGUGCUCAUUAAGUUGAUGCGACUGUGCCAGAAAUACCAGGUUCAUUUCAUCAGCGAUGAAAUCUAUGCUCUUUCCGUCUUUGAAAAUACCGUCGAUGAACAACCCGAACCUGUCAAAUUUGAAUCUGCACUUUCAAUCGAUUUGACGGACAUUAUCGACCCGAGAUUGGUUCAUGUCCUUUGGGGUAUGAGUAAAGAUUUCGGUGCAAAUGGUAUCAGACUCGGCGCCAUCAUUUCCCAGGCUAACCGGGAUCUUCAUAUGGCGCUAACUGCGCCUUCGCUUUAUUCUUAUGCUUCUGGAAUCACCGAUCACUUGACUACUCUCAUGCUUGAAGACUUUGACUUCACCACUCGGUAUAUUCAGCAGAACCAGAAACUGCUGUCUGAGUCCUAUGCAUACACGGCAAAUUACUUGAAAGAUCACGGAAUUGAAUAUGCGACAGGAUGCAAUGCUGCGUUCUUCCUUUGGGUGAAUCUGGGGAAGAAGUACCGCGAGCUUCACCCGGACGAUGAAUCUGAGAAUGUCGGGGAACAAGUCAUGCAGCGUCUCUUGCAGAAGAGAGUCUUCUUGGCCAGCGGCUUUCUGUUCGGAUCGGAGAAGGAUGGGUGGUUCCGAAUUGUGUUUACACAGGGCCAUGACUAUUUGACCGCGGCUUUAGAAAGGAUACUCGCUGCACUUGAGGAAUAA